AUGCCUGCACCACCGUUUAAGGUGCAUGUGCUUCAUCCUCCCGGGUCUUCGCAGCAAGAGAUUGCAGAUGAGCCGGACUGGCACUCAGGUCAUAAUCACAGAAUCGGCUAUAGGAACAAAGAUGAUCGCGUUGCCGGGUUUACUCAUGAUGGUGAACAUAUGUGGACGACGGAGGAGGAACACAAGUUCGUCGACGAGGCGAUGAGAAAAUACCGGGAACUCAGAGAGAAAGCCCAGAAAGGAGAGUUAGUCAAUUUCCAGGAAGUCAUGGAACACCAGACGGACUUCUAUCGACAUCGUCCCGAUGUGUAUCCACCAGGAUGGAGGUUCAUGGUUCGAAGUCGGGAGGACUGGGUCAAGUAUGAGCAAGACUGGCCUGCAAAUAUUAAGCAACGAGAGAAAAAAGAAGAGGAGAGUAAGAAAGAAGAUGCAAUGAAGAAAGGAGAAGAUGACAAGGAAUCAAAAGACGACGAAAACGAUUGGAGGCGUCAGAAUGACAAGGAUUCCAACAAACAUCAUGGAGCCUAUGGGAGCCAAGAUAAGGAGGAUGGACAAAAAGGCGAGCACCAAGAGGAGCACAAAACGAAGUACCAGAAGCUAUUGGAGAGGUACUCUCCACAGGAAAUCUCCUUGCUGCAUCAUCUACAGGAUGAAAGUGAGCAAGCCAAAGCCUUCCAGCAAAAUGAUGGAAAACAGGACUCUCCUGUCAAGAAAGAAGCCAGACAUAAGCCACUCGAGAUCGAUGCUGUAGAUGCCAGGACUCCUGACAACUGGAUCCCAUCUCGCAGCAGCCUCAUUCGGCGAACUGGCCAGCAUCCACUGAAUGGCGAGUCACGCCUUGAGUCCCUCUUCUCGGCAGGCUUGAUCACUCCCAACGAAUUACACUAUGUGCGGAAUCAUGGGCCUGUACCCCGAUUGUACUGGGAUCAGCAUAUGAUUGAUGUAUGCGAUGGCGCACUCAGGCUAAGCAUGGAUGAUCUGGAAAGACAAUUUGAGCCCGUUAAUAUACCUGUUGCGCUUGCUUGCGAUGGUAACCGAAGAGGCGAGCUCAAUGCGAUAAAGAAGAGCAAGGGCUUCGAUUGGGGCCCUGGAGCCGUUAGCUGUGCAUACUGGAAGGGUGCUUUGCUCUAUGAAGUGCUUGAGAAGGUCGACGUGAAGCGAGAGAAAUGGAAAGGAGAAAGAAAAUGGAUUAAUUUCGAAGGUGCUGAUGAGCUUAGUGAAGGUAAGUACGCUACCUCGAUCCCCCUAGAUUAUGCCUUAGAUAGGGGAAACGAUGUUCUUCUUGCCUAUGAAAUGAACAAUACCAAGUUGCCAGCAGACCAUGGCUACCCUGUACGGCUCCUGAUCCCCGGCUUUGUUGGAGGACGGAGUGUCAAAUGGCUCGCCAAAAUAUGGAUCUCCGAUCACGAGAACGAUUCUCACUACCAUAUCUGGGACAAUCGCGUGCUCCCACCCUUCAUCACCGAAAUGGACGGGGAGUUUGCAAGGACGAUGUUUAACCAUCCCAGCACCGCUUGCAUGGAACAGAAUCUAAACAGUGUCAUUGUCAGACCCGGUCAGGGACUGAAGCUGAACAUUGCGGGUGUUCUGAAGAAUGACACAUUCAAAAUCGAGGGUUAUGCAUACGAUGGUGGCGGGCACGAGGUUCAACGAGUAGAAGUGUCCUUGGACGAAGGCCGGACAUGGCUGUAUUGCAUCCGCAGGUUUCCCGACCGGCCAGUCCGCAACGGCAACAAAUUCUGGACCUGGAUACACUGGUUCAUCGAUGUCGAUUCGGCCCACCUUGUCCGUGCACCUUCCAUCACGGUCCGUUGCUUCAACGUCUUCAAGAACACUCAACCGGAGAGAGGCACCUGGAAUUUAACGGGCAUGAUGAACAACGGUUGGUAUGCCGUUAAAUCCGACACUGAUGCGGAGAGCAACAUCAUAUUUCGACACCCCGUGGACUUUGAAGGAGACGACGGCUGGAUGAAACCAUCGACCGAAAACCAACUCGCUGAGGCGAAACAAGAUAGCGGUGUUCCGGACAAGCAAUUUACCAGGCAGGAGAUCGAGAAGCACAACUCCAAGGACGACCUUUGGCUUGUUGUCAAUGGUAAUGUCUACGACGCAACCAGCGUCCUGUCCUGGCAUCCGGGCGGUGCACAGCCGCUCAUCGCAAACGCGGGCAGGCUUUCAAUGGAAACCACAGCUAACUUCGAAAGCAUCCACGACGAAUACGCGCACAAGAAGUUGCGAGAAUGCGCUAUUGGCCGAGCUACACACAAGGCCAUGCUCUUUAUGCAAGAGCAAGAGAAGACGGAAGCCGCUGGAAGAGCUAAAGCAGGCAGUGAUUCCGAGAAUUUCUUGCAGAGUAAGAAAUGGGUUCCAGUGAAGUUGAUCAAAAGGAAACAGAUUUCGGAGGAUACCUUUACCUACAGUUUUGAGUACGACCAUCAAAAGCACCGACUCGGCUUGGGUACCUGUCAGCAUAUCCUGUUUGGUAUCCAUAUGCCGGACAAGAUGCUCAUUCGGCCAUAUACCCCGACGCGCCCCAUCACAGAGAGAGACGAGGACGGCACGUUUGACUUGACAGUGAAGACUUACUUCCCGGAUGAAAACCAACCUGGCGGCGCGUUCAGCAACUUCCUACACACACUUCCGCUUGGGGAGUUUGUUGAUGUGUGCGGCGCUAAUGGUGAAAUAAAGUACAAGGGCAAGGGCAAGUUUAAGAUCGAGGGGCAGGAGAAGACGUUCAAGAGGAUUAGUCUAGUUCUCGGUGGCAGUGGCAUUACGCCCGGGUACUCGCUUCUUAGGCGAAUCUUCGAAGAUGGGGAUGACAACACCCAAGUUCGAGUUAUUGACGCGAAUAAGACGGAAGGAGAUAUCCUGCUGUACGCGCAGCUCAACAAGAUGGUGAAAGAUAUUAAAGGUCAGAUUCAGAUUUCACAUGUGUUGAGUCAUCCCAAGAACCAGGAGGAAUGGAAGAACCGGGGAGGCUUGUGUGGCCACGUCAACACGGACAUGAUCAAGAAGAAUUUGUUCGAGCCGAGUGAUGACUCGGUUGCCUUCCUGUGCGGUCCACCAGCCAUGAUUCAAAAAUCCGCUUUGCCGGCGCUCACAGACUGGGGCUAUAAGGAGGAUGAGAAUUGCUUCGGCUUCUAA